AUGAUCGACAAUGUUGCAGCUGCGGGCUCCAUCAACCGCGAGAUGAGAAGCGCCAAAUCCACCGUCACCGAAGAUGCAGCUGGUCUUCUGCCGGCCCCGCUGAAGAAGCUCGGAACCUUCAGUGGCAAGAACAGUGCUCGCGAUUUUGCACGGUCAGUUCGGCUCCCUGUGGAGCCUGUUUAUGUGGAGACUUUGCUGAAGAAGAAAGAAGAUUCGGAAGAGGAAAUGUGUGUCAAAGUUCCGGUGCUACUCCCCCACCGGAUAUUGGCUUUUCUUUUCGAUGAGCUGGGCUUGGAAAUUAGUGCAGCUACUCUAUCCAAGUACUGGGCCCAUUGCAAGCGCUGGUGCGAUUGGUGUUGUUGUGACGACUACGAUGGCACCCACAUACCUGUAUCACUCUACGGAGACACCGCUCGGUAUGGGCAGGGGUACGAUCAAGCCAAGGUCACAGGUUGCUUUAUGAGCCACAACCCUCUGUAUCUUGCAAUCGUGGAAUCCUUAAAUGCCGCCUUCGAUGGCCUGAUGUUUCUGGUGGAGAAUGGAUACUUUGGCGACCCGAAUCCCAACGCCAAUUCCUUGCACAAGCUUUUGGUC